UGCUGACGAUGAAGGCAAAGGACGUGUCUGUGUGUUUACAGGCCUAUCUAAAGGCAGAACAGCCAGUAAAAACAUUCCUCCAUGUCCACAGGUCUUUUAUCACCAUUCUGUGUUCUGACAAGAUGGCGCCGACAGACAUGGCACCUCUGCUUCUAGCUCCUAAGCAACUUUGCAGUAUUUUUUUGUUUUUGUGACGAGCGUUUCACUACACCCGCAAUAACAUCUGCUAAAUAUGUGUAUGUGACCAAUAAAAUUUGAUUUAGAGUGCUGUUUCUGCACACACACCCCUCUGGGCUGUUUGAACUCAGUCGGUGGUCUGCCAGAUGAAGGCCGUUCAAAGCUGACUUCUAUCAGUCCUUCCCAGUGCCUUUGUAGUGUGGAGACUCAGCAACAGGUGACAUUUAGAGCUGAAAACCAUUGACAACUUUGAACGCUCACCGCUACCCACGCCUGCCCUUCACCUGAGACAGGACCCACCCUCCUCGUACAGGAGAGAGGUAGAAUGGAGUGAGAUGGAGAGGAAGUAGGAGAGAGAAGAGGAUGUGUAUCGGUGUCCAGUCGGCUGAAGUUGUCUGCUGCCAAUAUGUGAUGUGUGGAUCUCCACUUCGUCUGGAGUGAAACCUUAACAAUCUACCCAGGACCUCAGACAACCCAGACCAUGUCGGUCCCCCAGGACCUCCUGCCAGACGGCAGUCCCCUGAUUGGAGCAGCGAGGCUGGGGAAGCUUCGCCUCGUUAGGCUGCUCCUGGAGGGGGGUGCCCAGGUCAACGAGAGAAACCCAGGAGGAGAGACUCCUCUCCUGGCUGCGUGUAAAGCCCUGAGAGGGGAACCCACUGGACCUGGAACCCUGAAACUGCUCAGAUACCUACUAGACAACCAGGCAGACCCUAAUGCCCAGGACCGGUCAGGCCGUACAGCUCUGAUGUAUUCCUGUAUGGAGAGGGCUGGAGCUCAGCUAGCCUCUACUCUCCUCUCAGCUGGAGCUGACCCCAGUAUGGAGGACUACUCUGGAGCUUCAGCUAUGGUCUACGCUAUCAACGCACAGCACCAGCCUACACUACAGGUGCUACUGGACGCAUGUCGUGCCAAAGGCCGUGACAUCAUCAUCAUCACCACGGAGAUGGGUGUGAGCGGAGGGCCGGUGACGAGGCGCUACCUGAACGUUCUGCCGUCUCCCGAUGCAUCACCUGUCACCUGCAUGUCACCCUCUGACAUCAUCAUCAAGACGGGCUCACCUAACUCACUUGAGGGAGAGAACGUGUUCAAUUUCAGAGGAUCAGGUAAGAGGGGGAGUGGCAGCAGCAGCAGAUUCUCCCCAUGUGAGCUGAGUCCAGUGGACCAGUCCUGUAUCACCCCUCCCAGACAGCGACAGUGGUCUGAACCAUGGCUAGCUAUUCACAAUCUGGCUCGACUAAACAAGGUCUACCAAGAGGGAAGGAGGGAGAGGAAGGUAGAGGAAGAGAAAGAGGGAAGAGAGGAAGGAGGAAAGGGAGAAAAAGGUUAUCUUGAUCACGGCUUGAAGAAGGAAAGGAGGGAGAAGGCCGAGCAAGAGGAAGAGGUGGGAGAUGACAAGGAGAGUCAAUCUGUCCAUCUCUACCAUAAGGAAAUCACUUCCGGGGCCUCUUGUUCUCUCCUCUUUCCUACAGAGGAGCACCUUUUCCAGGCAGCCAAGAGCAGACUGUCCCCUGAGAGGAGGCUAGCCCCUGGAGGUUCCACCUUGGAUUUAUACAGAGAACACCCCAGUACUCAAACUGCUUUACAUUGUAGAGGGGGAUCUAAUCUCAUCGGAGGCGACCCAAUGACCCGGAAGUGCUCUGUGGACAGACUUCCUCCCUGCUCUCCCUCUCGCUGGCAGGGGGCUCGUAGGAACACCCUCCCCUCCUUGACUCCAGCUCCACCCCUUCUUCACCUGCCUCCCCUAUCAUGUCAUGAGUCUCACCUACAGGUCCCACCCCUUGGCCUACCUGUUGCAGGUGUAGGUAUGGUGUGUCGGACGCAGAUGCCCUCCCCCUCCCCUCUUUCUCUCACUCCCCCCCUUUUUCGCACUCUCUCCUCCUCCCCCGCUCUUCCCUUUAAAGCAAUAUUUAGACCAGGCUUUCUGCCUCCUCUACCCCUCUCCACCUCCUCCUCGUCCUCCGUUUUUCCCCCUCUCCCUCCCUCCAGUGAGAGGUCACCUCGACGUCACUCUAUCCAGCUGGAGCCGCUGAGAGGAGACGAGGAGAGGAGGAGGAAUAGAGGAAGAACAGAGGAGACAAGAGGGAGAGGAGGAAAGGAGGAGCGGGAGUGAGACCCUAUGUUAGCUGUUGUGGUGUAAUAUGUGUAGUUACUUGUAAUAACCUCUAGAGCAUGCUCUAGAGACACUUAUUUAGUGCUUGCUGUCCUGAAUGUGUGCAUUCAUAUCAACAGUCUAAAGCAAUAAUCUCCAAUCCAAAGAAUUAUUUGGAAUCAUUUGUUUAUUAGAUAUUUCCUAUUUAUACUGUAUGGGUAAUAAAACCCAGCCUUUA